AUGAGGGGCCGCCUUUGCUGGUCACUGCUGACACUGCUGCUCCUUCUUCAGGCCUGGGAAACCCAGCUCCAGUCUGCAGGUCCCAGGUGCCACACUGGACCCCUGGAUUUGGUGUUUGUGAUUGACAGCUCCCGCAGCGUGCGCCCCUUCGAGUUCGAGACCAUGCGGAAGUUUCUCGUGGGCCUGCUCCACAACUUGGAUGUGGGGUUCAACGCCACCCGCGUCGGUGUGAUCCAGUAUUCCAGCCAAGUGCAGAGCGUCUUUUCGCUGGGCUCCUUCUCUCGCCGGGAGGACAUGGAACACGCCAUCCGCGCCCUGGUGCCGCUAGCGCAGGGCACCAUGACCGGCCUGGCCAUCCAGUACGCCAUGAACGUGGCCUUCAGCGAGGCCGAGGGCGCGCGCCCGCUGGAGCAGCGCGUGCCCCGCGUGGCGGUCAUCGUGACCGACGGGCGGCCCCAGGACCGCGUGGCCGAGGUGGCGGCGCAGGCGCGCCGAGGCAUCGAGAUUUACGCGGUGGGGGUGCAGCGCGCCGACGUGGGCUCCCUGCGCGCCAUGGCGUCCCCCCCGCUGGACAAGCACGUCUUCCUGGUGGAGUCCUUCGACCUUAUCCAAGAGUUUGGCCUGCAGUUCCAGGGCCGGCUGUGCGGGGGGGAUCUGUGUGCUGAGCGAGGACAUGGCUGCCAGCACCAAUGUGUCAAUGCACCUGGAACAUUCUACUGUGCCUGCAACUCUGGCUACAAGCUAGCAGCAGAUAACAAGAGCUGUUUUGCCAUUGACCUGUGUGCUGAAGGGACCCACGGCUGUGAGCACCACUGUGUCAAUUUCCCUGGCUCCUAUUACUGUCGUUGCCGCCCUGGCUUUGCCCUUCAACAGGACCAGAGAAGCUGCAGGGUCAUUGACCACUGUAGCUUCGGGAACCACAGCUGCCAGCAUGAAUGUGUUAGCACCCUCGGAGGGCCCCGUUGCCGCUGCAGAGAGGGCCAUGACCUGCUCUCGGAUGGCAGGAGCUGCCAGGUCAGGGACCUUUGCAAUGUUGUGGACCAUGGUUGUGAGUUCCAGUGUGUGAGCCAGGGCCUCUCCUACCACUGCCUGUGCCCUGAGGGGCGGCGACUUCAGGCAGAUGGCAAGAGCUGUGACCGGUGCCGGGAAGGCCACGUGGAUCUCGUUCUGCUGGUGGAUGGCUCCAAGAGCGUGCGCCCCCAGAACUUCGAGCUGGUGAAGCGCUUCGUGAACCAGAUCGUGGACUUCCUAGACGUGUCCCCCGAGGGCACCCGCAUCGGGCUGGUGCAGUUCUCCAGCCGCGUGCGCACCGAGUUCCCGCUGGGUCGCUACGGCACCGCCGCUGAGGUGAAGCAGGCCGUCCUGGCUGUGGAGUACAUGGAGCGGGGUACCAUGACAGGCCUGGCGCUGCGCCACAUGGUGGAGCACAGCUUCUCCGAGGCGCAGGGCGCGCGCCCUCGAGCCCUCAACGUGCCUCGCGUGGGCCUGGUUUUCACCGACGGCCGUUCCCAGGAUGACAUCUCCAUGUGGGCAGCACGUGCCAAGGAGGAAGGCAUCGUCAUGUACGCGGUGGGCGUGGGCAAGGCGGUGGAGGAGGAGCUGAGGGAGAUCGCCUCCGAGCCGGCGGAGCUGCACGUGUCCUACUCCCCGGACUUCGACACCAUGACGCACCUGCUGGAGAACCUCAGAGGCAGCAUCUGCCCCGAGGAGGGCAUCGGCGCGGGCACGGAGCUGCGGAGCCCCUGCGAGUGCGCGAGCCUCGUGGAGUUCCAGGGCCGCGCGCUGGGGGCGCUCGAGAGCCUGACGCAGAACCUGGCCCAGCUGACCGCGCGCCUGGAGGACCUGGAGCACCAGCUGGCCAAGCAGAAGUGAAGGCCCAGGCG